GGCUGGCUUCCUUGCUGGCUCCUCCUUUGACACUGACAGGCAGGCGGCCACGCCGAACGCUCCCAUGUUCGCCUCGCCUUCUUUUUUCGGCGUCCCUCCGACAAACUCAGCGCUGCGGGGACACAUGUUGAAGCCUCCCAGGCGGUGCCGCCGAGCCGCGUCACCCGCUUCCCGGCGCCCAGGUCGCCCGAGGACCAUGUGACCCUCCUCCCGUCAUGUGACCCGGCUGCUAUGGAAGUCACCCUUGGCUCGCUUUAACAGUCACAAUGCUUCUGUUUUUGGUGGCAACCACAACAUCAUCGAAUUCGAGCAGCAAUGGCAACCAUACCCGAGAGGGCGUCCCGUCCACUGGCCACCACGUCCUCCCCACCGUGCUGGUCCUGUCCCUGUUGCUCUUGGUCGUUGUGCUGCUGGCCUGGUACUUCCUCAGAGUCUGAGGCAGCGCUCCGGGUGACAAACACUUCCUCCUUUAGUCGCCGAGGCGGAGCCCAGAGUCAGGAAGCCGCGCUCGUUGCCUCCCUCCGACAGCCGAGCCAGUUAAAAAACCAGAGGAAAGCGGCGGUCACCACAGUGGACAAGAAGAUACCAAAUGGCAUCCUGGAGGAGCAAGACGCCUCGGUGGUCCUCCUUCCCAGCUCCGCUUCAGCCGCCAAGAACUACCCGCCCAUCGCCGUGGAACACCUGGAGGACGAGUACAGGCUGCGCUCGGCUGACGACGGAAAACUCUUCCGAGAGGAGUACAACUCGCUGCCGGGGGGUCACGCCCAGGGGACGUACGAGGAGGCCAACAAGGACGACAACAAGGACAAGAACAGAUAUCCCAACAUUCUUCCCUAUGAUCAUUCCAGGGUGGCGUUGACUCAGCUGGAAGGAUCUCCCGCCUCCGACUACAUCAACGCCUCCUACAUCGAUGGCUUCACCGAUAAGAACAAAUUCAUCGCAGCUCAAGGUCCAAAAGAGGACACGGUGGCCGAUUUCUGGAGGAUGAUAUGGGAGCAGAAGGUGUCGACCGUCGUCAUGCUGACAAACCUGAAGGAGAGGAAGGAAGACAAGUGUUACCAGUACUGGCCGGAUCAGGGCUGCUGGAGCUACGGGAACGUCCGCGUGGCAGUGGAGGACUUCACCGUGCUGGUGGAUUACACCAUCCGCAAGUUCUGCAUACAACACCAAUCCGGCGAUGCCGCCAAGACGCCGCCGCGUUUGAUCACGCAGCUCCACUUCACCAGCUGGCCCGACUUCGGCGUGCCCUUCUCGCCCAUCGGCAUGCUCAAGUUCCUCAAGAAGGUCAAGGCCGUUAACCCGACCUUUGCCGGGCCCAUCGUGGUCCACUGCAGCGCCGGCGUCGGUCGGACGGGCACGUUCAUCGUGAUCGACGGCAUGAUCGACAUGAUCCACGCCGAGCAGAAAGUGGACGUCUUCGGCUUUGUCUCCAAGAUCCGAGAGCAGCGUUCGCAGCUCAUCCAGACGGACAUGCAGUACUCGUUCAUCUACCAGGCGCUGCUGGAGUACUACCUCUACGGGGACACGGAGCUGGACGUGUCGUCUCUGGAGGGACACCUGCACAAGCUGCAUAACACCUUCAAGCAAGGCGACCGCGUGGGCCUGGAGGAGGAGUUCAAGAAACUGACCAACAUGCGUAUCAUGAAGGAGAACAUGAGGACGGGGAACCUACCCGCCAACAUGAAGAAGAACCGAGUGUUGCAAAUCAUUCCGUACGACUUCAACAGAGUUAUUCUCUCAAUGAGGAGAGGGCAGGAGUUUACCGACUACGUCAAUGCGUCCUUCAUAGACGGAUACCGGCAGAAGGACUACUUCAUCGCCACGCAAGGCCCGCUGCAGCACACCGUGGAGGACUUCUGGCGCAUGGUUUGGGAGUGGAAGUGCCGCUCCGUCGUCAUGCUGACCGAGCUGCAAGAGAGGGAGCAGGAUAAGUGUUACCAGUAUUGGCCCAGUGAGGAGUCGCAGACGUACGGCGAUUACAGCGUGGAGAUGAAGGGCGACGCCUUGUGCGACGCCUUCAGCCUACGAGACUUGGUACUCACCUUCCUGCCGGAGAAGGCGACGCGCGUGAUCCGCCACUUCCACUUCCACGGCUGGCCCGAAGUGGGCAUCCCUGCCGAGGGGCGGGGCAUGAUCGACAUCAUCGCGGCGGUGCAGCGGCAACAGCAGCAGUCGGGCAACCAUCCCAUCGUGGUGCACUGCAGCGCCGGCGCGGGGCGGACCGGUACGUUCAUUGCACUGAGCAACAUCUUGGAGCGCGUCAAGGCAGAAGGCCUGCUGGACGUUUUCCAAACGGUCAAGAGUUUACGCAUGCAGAGGCCGCACAUGGUCCAGACGGUGGAGCAGUACGACUUCUGCUACAAGGUGGUACAAGACUUUGUGGACAUUUUCUCCGACUAUGCCAACUUCAAAUGAGCUGCUUCUUUGCCUUAUCAACGUUGUCAUUGUCCUUUUUUGUCAGAUGGUUGGUAAACGAUCUAUUUUUUGCUAUGCACUUGUCCUAACGUCAACUAAACCUCCGCCCCGCCUGUAUUCUGUAUAAAAAGAAUUGUACAUGGGUUAAAUAAAACAAAGUGAUAAUUUA